AUGUCGGAGCGCGCGUUGAAGGUCGCCUCGGAUGGUGGCAGGGGCAAGAAUGGCAAGUUUGUGAAACGCGGCAGGAACAAUGAACGCAAGGGCAACGGCGCGAAGAAGAAUGGCGGGUUCCGCGGCAAGUGCUUUACUUGUGACCGGGUCGGACACAUGAAGCGGGAUUGCCCGAACAAGGUCGACGGCAUCGACGAUGGUGCAGUAUUCGCGGUCAGCGAAAUAAGCCCGUUGAAUGAGUCAGUAGACUCAGUGAUCACCAGUGUCAUGGCUGAAAUUGCACUCGAUGUUGGCAAGGAUCGAUCGCUGAGCUGGCUGAUCAACAGUGGUGCGACGUCGCAUAUGACGCCGGACCGGGAUGACCUCUUUGAGUAUGAGGUCGUGAACACGAACAUCGAGGUGACGAUCGCCGAUGUGGUGACUCGUGAUGCUCUUCGAGUUCUUGAGGACAAAGUCCUUGAAAUCGGAGCUCUGCUGCGUUAUGCUGAAGUAGCGUAUGGCUGUGCGGACGCUCAAUACGAUUUAAAUAACGUCGUGCGCCGGUUGCCUCGUCUUGCGGACUACCGCUCUGUGUCGGAGCGACUCCUAGCCGUGGAGCGGGCGAAUGCAUUGCUGCAGGCAACGGUGGAGCGCUUGACUCCAUUAAAAUGA